GACCGAGUUCACGCCGAGUGGAAUACGGCAGUUUGUGUCAGACCACGGAGCUCGGAAGAUGCUCCCGGUUGUUCACGUGACGGGCGGACCACCCUCGUCGCGACGGCGGCGUCGCGCCACCGCGUACCCUCUCGGUGCCGCCGCGUCGAUCGUCGUCCCCGGGGAACCCGAGGGGAACCACCAGCACCACCGAGCGCGAGAGACCACCGCCGGUGCCGGUAGAAUCAGCAGACCGACAUCCACUGCCACGAUGACGAUGAUGGCCUUAACCGUCCUCUUGGUCCUCCUGGUACCCGCGGCGUUUCCGGACAAGAUAACUAUCGGUGCCAUUUUUGAGCAGGGCACCGACGAGGUGCAGUCCGCCUUCAGGUUCGCGAUGAGGAAUCACAAUCAGAACGUCACCACUCGCAAGUUUGAGCUGCAAGCCUUCGUGGAUGUGAUCAACACCGCGGACGCCUACAAGCUGUCCCGUCUCAUUUGCAACCAGUUCAGCAGAGGCGUGUUCUCGAUGUUGGGCGCCGUGAGUCCAGACUCGUUCGAUACGCUGCACUCUUAUAGCAACACCUUCCAGAUGCCAUUCGUGACACCCUGGUUCCCCGAGAAGGUUCUGACGCCGUCCUCGGGUCUCCUGGACUUCGCCAUAAGUAUGCGACCGGAUUACCAUCGCGCCAUCAUCGAUACCGUGCGAUACUACGGCUGGAAGAAAAUCAUCUACCUCUACGACUCCCACGACGGACUGCUCAGGCUGCAGCAGAUUUAUCAGGGGCUGAAACCAGGCAACGAGUCCUUUCAAGUCGAAACCGUCAAGAGAAUACAGAAUAUGUCAGAGGCGAUCGAUUUUCUACGCAGCCUGGAGGAACAUAACCGAUGGAGUAACAAAUACGUCGUUCUCGACUGUCCGACCGACAUGGCGAAGGAUAUCGUCGUGAGUCACGUGAGGGACGUCGCGUUGGGAAAGAGAACGUACCAUUACCUGCUGAGUGGCCUGAUAAUGGAUGACCGAUGGGAGAGCGAGGUGAUCGAGUACGGCGCCAUCAACAUCACGGGUUUUCGCAUCGUGGACGUCACUCGACCCCACGUCAAGGAUUUCCUGACCAGCUGGCAUCGCCUGGACCCCACGUCGCAAACCACCGGUCGUGAAUCCAUUUCCGCGCAAGCCGCAUUGAUGUACGACGCCGUGUUCGUCCUGAUUGAAGCCUUCAACAAAUUCCUGAGGAAGAGGAGCGAUAAAAGUAAUACGAGACGAAUAGUAGCUUCUGGCAGCAGCCAGCUCAUGAACGGGACGAAAUUCUUGGACUGCAACAGCAAUCGCACCUGGGUCACCCCAUGGGAAUACGGCGACAAGAUCUCCAAGUUCUUAAGAAAGGUCGAGAUUGAGGGGUUGACGGGCGAGAUACGGUUCAACGAUGAUGGCCGACGACAGAAUUACACGCUUCACGUAGUCGAGAUGACUGUCAACAGUGCUAUGGUUAAAGUCGCCGAGUGGACCGACGAGGGCGGUUUUCAAGCUAUAGCCGCGAAAUACGUGCGACUCCGUCCGCAUGAAAUCGAGAAGAACAGAACCUACAUUGUUACUACAAUACUGGAGGAGCCCUAUAUAAUGAGGAAGAUGUCGGAUACAGGUGAAGCAUUAGUCGGAAACGACAGUUACGAGGGGUAUUGUAAAGAUUUAGCUGAUCUCAUCGCCAAGAAGCUGGGCAUAUCAUACGAGCUGCGGAUCGUGAAGGACGGAAAAUAUGGCACGGAAAACCCGGACGUCCCGGGCGGUUGGGACGGCAUGGUCGGGGAGCUUAUCAGAAAGGAGGCCGACAUAGCAAUCGCUCCCAUGACUAUCACCUCCGAACGAGAACGCGUGAUCGACUUUAGUAAACCGUUCAUGUCCCUCGGCAUCAGCAUCAUGAUAAAGAAACCCAUCAAACAGAAACCCGGGGUCUUCAGCUUCCUGAAUCCGCUGAGCAAGGAGAUCUGGGUGUGCAUUAUUUUCUGCUACAUGGCAGUCUCCAUCGUCCUGUUUAUCGUGUCAAGAUUCUCGCCGUAUGAAUGGAGAGUUCUAACGAUUAGCGGUAGCACGGACUCGGCUAUUAGUGGACGAAACGAUCCCAGUUUGCCGCAUCCGCACACGCCGCAAGGUUCACCCCACAUACCAACUUCCAGCAUGGCCAACGACUUCAGCAUCGUAAAUAGCCUGUGGUUCGCUCUGGCGGCGCUUAUGCAACAGGGCUGCGAUAUCUGGCCCAGAUCCAUAUCCGGGCGCAUCGCGAGCAGCGUCUGGUGGUUCUUCACCCUGAUUUUGAUAUCCUCGUACACCGCGAACCUCGCCGCGUUUCUCACCGUCGAGAGAAUGAUCACGCCAAUUAACUCGGCCGAGGAUCUGGCGGCACAAACGGAGGUCCAAUACGGCACCCUCGCUCACGGCUCCACUUGGGAUUUUUUUCGAAAAUCUCAGAUCAGCCUGUACAGCAAGAUGUGGGAGUUCAUGAACUCGCGGAAGCACGUGUUCGUGAAGUCGUACGAGGAGGGAAUACGACGAGUGCGAACGAGCAAGGGCAAGUACGCGCUUCUGAUCGAGAGCCCGACGAACGAUUACGUCAACGAGCGGGAGCCCUGCGACACGAUGAAAGUCGGCAGGAACCUCGAUGCCAAGGGAUUCGGGAUCGCGACGCCGUUAGGCUCUCUUCUCAAGGAUCCCAUAAACCUGGCGGUGCUAUCCCUGAAGGAGAACGGCGAACUGGCGAAGCUGGUGGAACGAUGGUGGUACGAGAGGACAGAGUGCAGGCACGGUGAGAAGCAGGACACUACCAGAAACGAGUUAUCGCUGAGCAACUUGGCGGGAAUAUUUUAUAUCCUUAUCGGUGGCCUUCUUCUGGCACUCGCCGUAGCUCUCUUGGAAUUCUGCUACAAGUCGCACACGGAGGCGACGCGAGCAAAGAUACCGCUGUCAGACGCGAUGAAGGCGAAAGCACGACUGACCAUUGGUGGUGGUCGCGAUUUCGACAAUGGACGGCGCGGGAAGAAACGGGUACUGGCUGCAGAGGUGCCAACUCUGACCACGUUCGCGCCGAAGUACUACGCUCCAGCAAACGCGAUUGGGAAUACCGAGGGCGACCAGGUACACAGCAAUACACACACCCAGGUGUAAAUUACUACCAGGAGAGCCCGAGCGACGGUUCACCCGCCGCUUCGUUGCCCACACCCCCGCCGCCACCCCUGGUGGCACCGCCACCACCUCCGCCGCCCAGAAGACCACGGAGAAACGUGACCUUCGC